AUGAUCUCAAUAGACCGACGACGGUCCGCCAUUGUGGCCAUCUUCCUGGUCAUCACCUUCUGCAUCCUGUCGUGGACUCGGUCCUCUGCCUUCCGCUCCGCACCCCCGCUGGAUCCCAACUAUGGGAAGCUGAGCGCAAUCGACCAAGACUCCAAAUUUGCGAUUCUCCUCCACGACAAUGACACAAAGCGGCGCAACUCAAGCAUCCCAUUCAUCGUUCUCGUCAGUGCAAGAGUGGACCAAGAGAAACGUGCGCGCCUUGAAAAAGACGGCGCGCAAGUUGUAGAGGUCGAGGAUGUCCCAACAGCGUGGUGGGUGCGCACAUACGUGACGCGCUGGGCCGACCAGUUCACGAAGCUACGUGUGCUGGAAUGGACACAAUACGACCGCAUCCUCUUUGUCGACGCAGACACACUGCUCACGCGGCCGCUUGAUGGCAUAUUUCAGGAGCCGGAAGCUCACCAGCCUGUCGAUACUCUGCACACUCCAUCGCGCAAGCCUAAGGCAGAUGAAGCACAGCUCCCUGCGCAGUAUCUGUUCGGUGCACGGUCCGACAAUGCGUUCACGGGUGAACGUGCGCACCCGUUUCCACCACUCCAAACACCGAAUUUCAGCGCUGGCUUCUGGCUGGUCGCGCCGAGUAAAGAGUUAUACGCAUAUCUUAUGAGUGUCAUGCAGCACUAUCAUCGCUUCGAUCCCGAGACGAUGGAGCAGAGCCUCCUGAACUAUGCCUUUCGACGAGAGGGGCCGAUGCCAUGGCGCGAGCUGGAUUACAAGUGGAGUGCGACGUGGCCGAACCAAAAAGAUGUCCAAGGAGAGGUCAAGAGUUUACACGAGAAGUUCUGGACAGCGGGUCCAAAAGAGCUGAGGCAGAUGUGGAAAGUAAAGCACAACGAGAUGGAGACAUGGUGGAGGAGAUGGGACAAGAAGUGA